UUCAUUCACACAGGUUUAGAGACUACAUUAAAUAUAUAAAACUACUGUCACUUUUUAAUAUCAUUCCACAACUUCGAUCAUUAGAAAAAAUAUAAGCGGACUAGUAAGGAUAUAAAAUAAAAGUGUAAAGACUAUUUAGAUUUUUUAAAAAGAUGGAGUUCGAUGAAGAGGAAUGGAGAAGAAAGUUUGACAACUAUGAUAUGAAUAAAGAUGGGGUAAUAUCUGGUGAGGAAAUUACACGCUUGAUGCAAUAUGUAGGAUUUAAUCCAACAAAAGCAGACGAGGAAGACUUUUUGCAAAGACUUGGAAAAUCAAAAUGCAAGGAAGAGGAAAUAAUAACUUUCGAGGAGUUCUUUGAGCUGGUAAAGACACUUCCCGAUCCGAGUGGAGAGUUGUACGUGGCUUUCAAAUGCUUUGAUAAAGAUGACAGUGGUUAUAUUGAUAAAGAAGAAUUAAAAGAAAUAUUGACAAGUGGAUACAUGGAUCCUAAUGAUAUUGAUGAAAUUUUUGCACUGGUGGAUGACGAUAAAAACGGGAAAAUUGAAUUUAAGGAGUUCAUUACGCUUUUCAAGUAAAGAUCAUAGUUGCUAAGAAGCCAGCAUUGUUGUUUCAACUUUGGUCAUCAAUAAAGAAUUCAAUAUAUCCAAUAUACAUGUAUCAGUAUUGACUACCUGAUUAGAAAAUCUGAUAUUGUUUGGUGCGAUCAAUUAUAAUCUGUAUAUUAUUGUAUGUUAAUAUCAUAACCAUAUUUUACACGUCAAAAGAACAUAACUCUACAAUUUGUUAAACAUUUAGCCCGCUGCAGUCCAAAGUGUGUAGUCUUUGCCACCAGUGCACCACUAGAAUAAAUCCAGGAAUAUCAUUUUGAUAAUCUCAAAAUGAUAAUGGACUGUUCAAAACAAGGAAGUUGUACAAGUCUUAUUCACUAGGUUUAGGAUUAAUUUAAUACAUGUACAAUGAUGAUAUAGCCAGUUUAUGUUGUGACAUUCAAAGAUAGACAAAUACAAAGACAUGUUCAAUAUGGUCAAACAUUUUUAUCUCAAUAAUUAGUUUUUAUCCAUUGGCACAUUUCGAUUGAAUCCUUGCUUGAAUAUUACUGCAUAUAUAUGGAUAUACACAUUGCCUUUUGUCAAAUUUUUCUAUGACAAUUCAA